UCCUUGCCAAGAUCUGGUGUACUCUGAAGACUAAUGACUACGCCAUUGGAUGUAUAUCCGUCAGCGAACACGCACCAGAUUCAGUGACACAUAUAUUGUGACAAGUGAUAGGGACUCGAAGUUUCGAUAUAGAUUUUUACACAAGCAUUAUACGCUUGUUAUCAUCACCAUCUCCAUUUACUCAUUCUGUCAUAACGUUUUAGCGACUAAUUGUGAAAGUGAUAUUACUUAAUUGGGUUCUAUACUACAUUCUUGAACACUACGUGACGUCUUCAUGAUGAUGACGCAUUUAACGGAAUAACGUAUUCACGCACAAUAUUAUAUAAUGUAUUAAUUUCAUAUACAUUUAUGGCUGUUUAGAGUAACACAGAAACCUGGCGACGUCUCCAUUACGUUCGCGACAUAUACCACAUUUAUUAACCUCAUCAGAUCCAGCCAAUUACUUACUGAAGCGGUCAGUGCUGUAUAGAGGACAACACGGGUCGUGUCCAUCACCUCUGUCUGUAGGCCAGGUUACGUCAAACACACAAAUUGUGUAAAAGUCAAUUUCAAUUGGAAGAUAAUUUACAGCGGUUUUUUUUCGUGGACAGCUUAGUGUGUAGUUCCUCAGCCGAGUAAUCGUCACAAUUGCCUUCUAGCUCACUUCGCAAGCCUGCCAAUGUGGUGUUACCGGUGUUGACUUACUGUCUCAAUAUAACAUUAUAUAACGCCUAGAAACUGCCUUCCUUGUUUCCCGCCGUCAAAGAGAAGAGUACAAGCUGGAAAGGGACAGUAUAUUAUUGAUAAAAAGAAAAUAUAUCUUCACCAAUGGACGCCUUAAAAGGACUCCUACAAAGUAUGGAGAGCAUGAAGCAGAUCCCCUUCACGGUGCCUCCCCACGGUUCCUCCCCUCGCCGCAUGGACCGGGGGUCUUCGGAAGAAGCUCUAUCAUCAGGUGGUCGUAUGUCGGAACCCUCCUCUCCCGGAGGUAAACGCCCUUCUGUCGAAAUCCCAGGUGCCUACGCUCUCGGCAGUAUAGACCCGAGCCUGUACAAAAUAGUAGACGAGGAUGACGAUUACGAGAUUCCUCCAGAGCAUAUAGGAAGGGUGUGGUUUGCCGUCGAGUACGAGAGGGAGACAGAAAAACUGCUGGUGACUUUGAUCAAGUCCAAGAACCUUCCCACACGGCAGUAUGGCAACAACAGUAGCUGUGAUCCCUUUGUAAGAAUUUAUCUCAUGCCGGACGAGAGACGUUAUCUUCAGUCCAAAUUCAAAAAGAAGACAUGCAAUCCUAAAUUUGAGGAGAGCUACGUGUUCCAAGUUUCCACCAGGUCACUGCAGGACAGAGUAUUAAAGUUUACAGUUUACGACGUAGAUCGUCAUAAACGACACAACGUGAUUGGACAUGCGCUGUACCCACUCAAGGAACACGACGGAGAAAGUAAUGAGCGUCUUGUUAUAUGGCGAGAUUUGGAACGAGAGGUGACGGAGACUGUGACCAACAAGGGUGAACUACUGGUGUCGCUGUCUUACAACAAUCAUCUUGAGAGGCUUACGGUUGGAGUGUUCGAGGGGCGUGCACUGAAAACGGAAGGUGCAAACGAUUUCUUCGUCAAAGUGUGUUUACAUGUGCAGAACCGUGUGGUGAAAUCAAAGAAAACGGAAGUUAUCAAAAAGUCAGACUGUCCGAAUUUUAGUGAAUCCUUUACAUUCAAACUGCCCGUUGCCAAUCUGGAUGCAGCCAGUCUCAACAUUACAACCAUACAGCAUAUAAGUGGACAUAAGGACAAGGUCCUUGGUCGUGUGAUUCUGGGGUCGUUCAUGUUUGCCCGCGGUAAGGAACUCGAUCAUUGGAAUGAGAUGGUAGCCAACCAAAGGGACCAGAUCACAUCAGUGGCACGCCCUCGUAUGAGACGUCGCAAAGUAACACCUUCAUGGAAUACGGACAAUGAUAAUCGUGAUCUCGUUUCUAAUGUAGUGGGACCAAACACUGGAUAUUGACGGGACUGACAUUAUGGAUGCAACAAGUAUUAACCUGAGAAACACAUUCUUACACAUUCGUACGUAGCAGCAAUCAGUCCUGACGGAAUACGAUGGUGACUAGAGGAUAUACCUAAUGGAACUACCACGAUUGCACGCACAGUUUCUCUCUGUAAUCUUAUUAACAGGGAAUUUACACUUGAGGAUUUUACAUCACUCAUGCCAUUCCCAGCAACGUGUGUUUAACUUUUCUUUACUUUAAAUUGUAACAGGGAUAUGUUACAGAUAAGAAUCAUAUCCAUAUAUGGUAUCGUAGUGUUGGGGAGGGGGGCAAAAGUAAUAUCGGAAGUACCCUUCCGAUCUCAAGCUCACUAUGAUUUCCAGUUUAAUCAUAGUUUGAUUAUUGUUUAAAUCUACUGUAGUAAUUUUGUUAUACAUAUAUGAAUGAAAGUAACAAAUCCCAACUAAUGAAAUUAUAAUCGAACAUGGCCAGGUACUGACGAUUUAUCAUUCCUAAUGAGAAUUCGAUGAUAAGAAAAGCCGAUAUCCACAACACACGCUUCAACUAAUCACUGUUUGAAUGAUGUACAUGUAUAUAAAUAAGGACUUCUUGGUGAUAAGCUUUAAUUGCCCUAUGUCAAGGAUAUAGCAUUGUUUGUUUAUGAGGACUAUAUCGAACUAUAAUUUUAAACGAUUUCUUAAGAUGAUAAAAAAACAAACAAACGUCAUCCAAUUGUCCCCUUAAUGGUACUGUGGAUAUAAAACCAGAAAGAGACCGUUUAUAGCCCGUCAUUAAUCAUUUUUAGUACUAAUGUCUGAAAAAAAUGUGUCCCCUCUGACAAUAUGACAUUUUACUGUCAAGCCUUAGUAUUUAGCUGAACUCAGACAAGCAUCAUUCUACUAAUAAUAUGGUUAUUUCAAUACACGAUGUAAAACGCUGUGGAGGCGAUGCCUAUGAUUAAGUAAACAUUUCUUUGAUUUAAGAAACUUAGUUGAAUGGUUAUCAGGAUUCAACAGUUAGUCAAAUGGCGCCAUACGCCAUCAUCGCUUCAGGCUUUUCGUAUGUUGCAAUCAGUUAUAAUACAAUACAAUUUUUUAUCAAUAAAAGGCGGGUCGUAUGUUCAUCAUCAGCACAAUCAGUUAGAGAACACUUGUGUUUUUAUUUUCUUAUCGCUGAGCUGCAUUCUCUGUAUCGAUAGUGAUUCCUACCUGAAUGCAGUUGUUUAAACAGCGUAUAAACAAUUAACAAAUAUAGAAUUGUUUUUAAUAAUUGUUCAAUAUGUUCAUUUGAUAACGUUUGAAAUAAUUUCAAUUUGUUUGAAAACUCAACUCAAAACUAUAUCAUCACUGUUUUCAUAAUUGCGAUUUCAAGAUGCCAUUACCUUCGGUUUUUAAGUGUACACAUGGCAUUUUCAGUUUAAAUAAUCAAGUUAUCGGAUUUUUUUUUUCAUGUGUGUGUGUGUUUACAUUGUUAGAGCACAAACUACUUCAUGUUUACCUUGAACCGAAUCAGUAAGUUAGAGAGGGAAUAACGGAGUGAUUAUUUUGUAAAUCGGACGAUUGUGUUCAUAACCACGUAUAUACAGCGUAUGUUAACACAUGGCAUGUCUGUUGUAACGUUAGUCCGAAUUUACAAUGAAUGCCUUUGAAUUACGUAUACGGUCAAAAUCAUAUGUGUUCAUUGAAAUCAUUAUGAUAAACUUAUGGUAAGACGUGUUUUAAUUCCCGAUUUAAAUACGUUUUAAUGUUGGCGUUAAUUCCUAAAAAACCAAUGAAUAAUAAUAUCUGUCUUUGUUUUUAUUGAAUACUUUUACAUCAAACACGCCAUACUCCGGGACAACAGCGACACGGUCACAAAAAGAACAUUAAGUUACUUCACCGUGGCAACAGUGAUACUUUUAAUCAAACAAAAGCUGUAUUUACUGUACUAUGGCGACAGGCAUACUUUAAAUCAAACACACACUUUAGUUACCAUGGCAACAGUGGUACUCUCCAUCAAACACACAUUAUAGUUAUCAUUUCACCAGUUAUACAAUUUAUCAAACACCCACUAUAGUUAUCAUGGCACCAGUAGUACUCUCCAUCAAACACACACUAUAGUUACCAUGGCAGCAGUAGUACUCUCAAUUAAACACACACACCAUAGUUACCAUGGCAACAGUAGUACUCUCCAUCAAACACACAUUAUAGUUCCCAUGGCAACAGUAGUACUCUCCAUCAAACACACACUAUAGUUACCAUGGCAACAGUAGAACUCUCCAUCAAACAAACACUAUAGUUACCAUGGCAACAGUAGUACUAUCCAUCAAACACACACUAUAGUUACCAUGGCAACAGUAGUACUCUCCAUCAAACACACACUAUAGUUACCAUGGCAACAGUGGUACUCUCCAUCAAACACACACUAUAGUUACCAUGGCAACAGUAGUACUAUCCCUCAAACACACACUUUAGUUACCAUGGCAGCAGUAGUACUCUUAAUCAAACACACACACUAUAGUUACCAUGGCAGAGGUAGUACUCUCCAUCAAACACACUAUAGUUACCAUGGCGACAGUGGUACUCUCCAUCAAAUAAUCGCUAUAAUCAUUAUUACUAUGAUAACAGUGAGUUCCGUUAGAACAAAAGGUAUAUGCAGUUUGUGGUGGCGACUUAUAACCUUGUAGCAUAAUCGAUGUGUCGGAUUUGGAACAUUUUUAUUGAGCAUCACUAGCUUGGGAUAAGAUAUAAUUCAAUAAAUAAACAAGAGCGAUAGUCAUGGUUACCUGGUAGUAUGUAGAUAUUUACAGUAUGACCCAACGUUAUAUAGAGUAACAACCUGUCAUUCUAAAGGGAGCAUUAGUAGAUGUCUAUAUUAUGAAAGUGUCAACAUUAAAGGUUCAUCAUCUUGAGAUUCAAGUAACUAUAAUCGGUUCACUAUUGUUUUUAAAUGUCGCUCUAUUUCUCUCUUUCAUUGAAUAUGCAAAUAUCGGUUGUUUGUGAAGCACCCAGGGACACAUUAUUGUGUGUAUAUGCACGUGUAAAUUCUAGACUGUGGCGUGGUUAUGAUGAAGUUUUACAGACUUUAAGAUAUCUAUUUGAGAACUUCAUCAGAUUUUACAUCAACAACAUUAUAUACAGUACAUAUAUCUGAUUUGUUAAAACAUUAUUUUGAUGACGUCAUUUUGACACUUUGGAUAUUGCCUCUACAAUAUGUAGGAAUACGUGCAUAAGAGGUAAGGCCGUCUACACUGAAAUGAUCAAGGGAAAUGUUAGGAGUGCGGUGGCCUUAAACUUGUUUGUUUAAAAGACGUUAAUAAUCGAUCAUCCAGUGAGUCAAAAUGAUUCAAUGUAAAAUGUAUAUGAUAUAUAUAUGUGAUUAUAACAAUACUUAUGUGUACAUUGUGCUGGCGUCAUGUACUUUAUUAAAAUGUGUAACUUGCA